UUAAUCUAAAAUGCUGUGUUGAUGACAUUAAACGAUAUGAAAGAAUUCACUUAACGAAUAAAGAUAUAAAUCAGAGAUGCUGGAUCUUAGGGAUGCUUUAAACCAUAGACUGUAUCCCAAAGAUUGUGUGGUUUGGUUUGGUUAAUGUGGUUUAUAUAAGUGAAUGAGUCAAUACCACAUCUGAGUUGGUGCUGAACCACAGCUAGCUCUCUAAAUUGUUUGAUCAAUUUAACUUUGUAUCGAAAUUAACUGAGGGAGAGAUAUACAACGGAGUUUACACAAAACCUUCACGCAACGACCAGAGGACGAGGUGUCUUACAACCUUGAAACAAAGCAGAGAUCACAGUGAUGUGAUUUUAGAGAAUAUUUUUUACAAAUUCGAAAUAAAACUAUGUAAUAAAAUAUGUAUCGAAAACAGAGAAAAAAAUAAGGCCAGUAAUUUCCAGAACCAUAAUGGAAGAAAAUUCAAAAAAAUUCAGGAGAUCUAAAAGAAGUCAGAAAAUCUAGGUGAUCAAGAAAAUCUCCCAGAUUAGAAAACCUUAGAAGAUCAAUGAGCUCUUGAAGAUCAUGAGAACCUAGAGGAUCAAGAAGAUCUUCAAGAUUAUGAGAACCUAGAUGAUUAAGGAGAUCUUGAAGAUUUGGAGAACCUAGAGGAUCACGAAGAUCUUGAAUAUUUGGAGAACCUAGAGGAUCACGAAUAUCUUGAAGAUUUGGAUAACCUAGAGGAUCUUGAAGAUUUGGAGAACCUAGAGGAUCAAGGAGAUCUUGAAGAUUUGGAGACUCGAGAGGAUCAAGGAGAUAUUGAAGAUUUGGAGAAUCUAGAGGAUCACUAAGAUCUUGAAAAGAAGGAAAAUCUGGAAGGUUCUGAAAAUCCUGCAGGAUGGAAGGUGUGCGUGACAAGAAACCCCGGAAGAUAAUAUCACCGAUAAAUCCUAGAGUCCAGGUUGGGUGUGGAGGAUAGGGGUAGAACAUAUCAUGGCUCCGGAGGGUGAACCAACCUCAGGGGCACUUCUCCAACAAACAGAGAAGGUGUCCGAGGUCCCCUCCGAACCCCUCAGAGGACUGAAAAGGUAUAAGAUGCUGAACCUGGUCGGAGAUGGAACCUAUGGUCUGGUGUAUUUAGCACAGAACCAGGAAAACAAGGAGAAGGUUGCAAUUAAAACAAUGAAGAGAAAAUACUACAGCUGGAACGAAGUGAUGGACCUCAGAGAAGUUAAAUCAUUGAAGAAACUAAAUCAUCCGAAUGUUGUGAAGUUAAAGGAAGUUAUUCGAGAAAACAAUAGACUCUACUUCGUAUUCGAAUAUAUUAAAGGUGAUCUUCUAGGACUGAUGAGAGAAACGACUGAACCCUUCUCCGAGUCUGCAGUUCGAACCAUCAUCUUCCAAGUGCUCCAGGCGCUAUCCUACAUGCAUAGGAACGGAUUUUUCCAUCGAGAUCUGAAACCAGAAAAUAUUCUCUGCUCAACUCCUGAACUGGUCAAAAUUGCAGAUUUUGGCUUAGCUCGUGAAAUUCGUUCUUCUCCUCCCUAUACGGACUAUGUGAGUACUAGAUGGUAUCGAGCUCCUGAGGUUCUGCUUCGAUCAACAAACUACUCCAGUCCAAUAGAUGUCUGGGCGGUUGGAUGCAUCAUGGCGGAGCUUUAUACUCGCCGUCCUCUCUUUCCUGGAACCUCAGAGAUAGAUCAGAUCUAUAAGGUUUGCUCCGUCCUAGGAACUCCGUCCAGCUCCGACUGGGCCCAGGGUCAGCAACUAGCAACCCAGAUGAAUUUCAAGUUCCCUCGGUUCACUGCGACCCACUUAUCUCAGGUGCUCGGACCAAAAGUGAGUGCUCGAGGUAUAUCCUUAAUAUACUCAACCCUAUCAUGGAACCCGGCCUGGAGAAGUUCCGCUCCUGAAACCUUGAAACAUUCUUACUUUAGAAUAAACUCUCAACCUGGUUCGGCUUCAUCAAACCACUUCUCCAUGUCCCUUAAACCAACCAGGUCUAGAAAGGUUAUGAAACCUGAAGGAGACAGGAUUCAGGUUCCUGUUGCUCCAGUAGAACCUGUUUAUGUACGGGAAGGACUUAGAAAUUACAAAGACAACCCUGCACCUCAAAAAGAUAAAGAGGAAUUAAAAAUCCUUCUUGAGUCCCUUAAAUCCAGUGAUGUGAUGUCGGUCCAGCAUAAACGCGGGAGUGCUGGAAACAGAAAAAUACUCCAGAACUCUUUUCCUCCCGCGAUCUUGUCAAGAAAUCCGCGAAUUAAUUUCCAGAAUUCAGAGGACAGUUCAGGUUCCCCUGGGCGAAGGUUCUCCUAUGCCAAGCUCAACCAAAGGUUUACUAAUCAUGUUCCUUCCAGUUAUGUGCCAUCCUUCUCUGUAAACAAAUCCUUCCCAAUGAAAGCCAAUUCUAUGAUAACCAAUGGACUAGAUCUCACCCAUCUGAAAGACUCAAAUCAAAACCCAGUAAUAAAUGGUGGAGUUCAAAAUGGAAAUAUAAAAUUACAGUUUGAGAAGACGGAAUCUAUCACAAACUAUUCGACCAAAGUCGACUUUACGUCUCGUCUAGUCGAGUCAUUCUCUGACUUUCAUCUCGGAAGUGGAACUCAAGUUCUCAACUUCGGAGACAAAAUGCACAAGGUUCAGAGUUUGCCGGAUAUUAAGUCUGAUUCUCUCCUGGUAGGACAGAAAGCUCUGCACUCCAGGUCCGACUAUAAUACCUACCUCCCCUCCCAGCUGGAGGGUGAUAUUAGGAAACCUGUGUUUGCCAGGACAGAUUGGAAAGCUAAAUAUCUCAAGUAGCUAGUUAUAGUAGCUGCUGUAGGCCUUAAUAAUACCAGAUCAGUCCAAGAAAUGUAUCCGUCCAUUUGUUUACGUACGUAUGUAAUUGUAUAAUCUGUUUAAAAAAUCAGAGCUUAGGAUCCGGAUCCAUUGGAUCUUCAACAUUUUAACUUCCUGGAAUAUAUGUUGACCCACGACUCUUAGUGGCACAAUACCAACCUAAUUUAACAAUAAAAAUACUUUCUAUUUUUAAUACAUAAGUUUUAAGUGUGAACUUACAAAAAUUAUUUAAAUAUUCUUGUUCUCUAAAUGAAAAUAUUCAGCAUAUCAUUUUGCGAAAAAUGAAGGAAGAUUCACUAAAUUUCGGAUUAGGAAAAGAAACUUGAGUGAAGACCAGAAAACUCCGAAAUAGGAAGACGACUUUUAGACUCAAGUUAUGACUUCAAAUACUUUAACAAACAUGAGACACAGAAAUUUUUCAGUGUAUACAGACCUAUUGAUUUAGAUAUUUAUUUUAAAAUUAAAUACAUUUUAGUAUUCUAUACUGUCGUCUUUUUAUUCCAGAGCUGUCUGGUUCUCGCUGUAGUUAAAGUAGGAAACACUCGAAAUAUUGAUUUGUUGGAUCCGAAUCUGCAUCAAGAUUAAAUUGAUUUUAAGCACUGAUAAGAAGCUUAGUAUGUACAACAAAUAUUUGACUUUUUAAAACAAAAACAAAAAACUUAAACCGAAAUUAUUGCAAUGAAAAAUAUCAAAAUUUCCAUCUUAAUUUUCGAUUAUAUUAAUUGAAAAUAAAAAAAACCAUCCAUUACUAUGAGGCCAGGAAACUCAAAUAUGUACUUCCAAGUAAACUUUUUUUUAGAACCUUUAACAAGCAAUAUCUCUCUCAUGUUGUUUUUUACUAUAUCUUGGCAACUGUAAAAUAUAUAUUUUCCCUACGGCACAAGAAAUACUUAUCUACAUAUUAGCUGUCAUUGUUCUCUGUAGUCGACUGUGUACCAUAUUGUUAAUACUGAUGAAAACAAUGCAUUCAAAAAAGAAUUGUUAAAAUAUAAAUGGCUAUUUCUGUUA